AUGGAACGCCGGCCACUUCCGCAUGUCGGUCCGAAAGGGAAGUUUCGAAAUUGGAUCUGGAGGAAGUGGUAUAAAUGCCGCCAGUGGUGGACUGAUCCCAGGACGGGUUUGCAAAUCGGCUGCUCCAUCGGCAUGCUCGGCAAAAGUCAGGAGCAACCAUACCUAACGUACAUCAAACUGCUCUGCCCGCUUCCGUGGCGUUAUGCAGCCAAGCUGCCGCUUCAGCCCCGAACGAUCAUGGCCGAUACGGAUGCUGUCCUGGAAUCUGAAGCCCAGACGCACGAGUUGCGACAAGUGAACGUGUGGAAGUGGCACGACACUCCUAUGAGACCAUUCUUCAGGCUGUAUACGUUCUUCUGCACGGGCCUUGGCCCAUCGAUCCAGUAUGAGUGCGAGUACUUCUGGUACCGGACUCGCUCCGACUUCAACCUUGGAAUCCUGGCUUCCUGGAAGAUCCCCCCGGUGCUUCACUCUCGUACGAGCCAUAUGUUUGCCCGGAAUGGGCCAGAAAUGCACCGUCUCUCAAUGGGAAACACUCGAGAUGAGCUCACCUUGCACAGGUUGACGAAGUUUUCGAGCCCAACAGAGUCGUUCAAGCGGCGUAAUAUACUCGCUGUCGCAGGGAAUGUCUACUCUGCAUAG